AUGCCGCAACAGGAAGCUCCAUCUUCCUUGACGUCACUGCAAAAAGAUUCAUCCUCAUCGCAAAAGCAUAGCGAUCCCAAGUGUGAGGUGUUAGGGAACCUUUCUUCCGGCGAGCAACCGAUUAUAUACCACUAUUUGGACUUCGAGACACCCUUGCCCACAAGGUCUCGUCCUUCCAAGCACAAUGAAGCCACAGCAUUCAAUGAUGAGAUCCCUUUGCCAGCCUACCCAAACCUUGUGCCCUUCAUUUCGCCGUUUUCAUGGUCGUCCACCAGGAAGACCUUCAUCCUCACCCUUUCCUCUGCUGUCACCAUGCUCGCAGCGUAUACUGCCGGCGCUUACUCUAUGCCUGCGGAAGAACUACGUCAGAAAUGGAACAUUGGUGUUGUGACAUUUAACACCGGUAUUACCACUUGGGCUGUUGGCUUCGGAGCUGCACCCAUGUUUCUUGCACCUCUGUCCGAGAUCAAUGGUCGAAGACCGGUUUUCGUCUUCUCAGGUUGUCUCAUGACCAUUGCCCUCCUUGGCUGCGCUCUUACAGACUCCUUUGCUGGAAUGUUGAUAGCCAGAUUCUUCACCGGUGUGGGAUCCAGCACAUUCGCAACCAUGGUUGGCGGAGUGGUGAGCGAUAUCUAUCACACUCAGGAUCGUAACACUCCAAUGGCAAUAUACAGCGGUGCUGCUCUCUUUGGAACUGGUCUUGGGCCCCUCAUCAGCGGCUUCAUUGCAGAGUAUGCCCGUUGGCGCUGGGUCUUCUGGGUCCAAGCCUUGCUGGGUGGGAUCCUCACCACAGCAGUGAUUAUCUUCUUCAAGGAGACUCGAGGCAGUGUGCUCCUCUCCCGCAAAGCAAGAGCGCUGAAUGCAUAUUACGAAGAGAUGGAGGCAGUAGGCCACUGUGAGUGGGACAUUGGCCCACUCUCCCACACCUUCGAAACCCCGCAAAGCCUGGAACCGAAGUACGAACGUAUACGGUGGAAAGUCCUCGCCGAUGAGAAUCGCGCCUCAAUCUCUCGGAUGCUAUACCUCUCUCUGACAACGCCUUUUCACCUCCUCCUCACCGAGCCAGUAGUAUUUUUCUUUAGCCUCUGGGUGGCUUUUGCCUGGGCAAUCCUUUACAUGUCCUUUGACUCCAUCCCCCUGGUCUUCACCACUAGUCAUGGCUUCACCAUUUCCCAAGUCGGAGCUGUCUUUGCUGCUGUAUCCAUCGGCACAUUCAUCGGCACAGUCCUAAGCAUCUACCAAGAAAAGCUUGCAAAAAUGACGGAAUGGGGGCGAAUGAUCGCCAAAUCUCCCGAAGGAAGACUAUAUUUUGCGUGCAUCGAGAGCGCUUUACUUCCAAUCGGUCUUUUCUGGUUCGGUUGGACGACCUUCCCUUCCGUCCCUACAAUUGUGCCUAUCCUUGCUGUUGGUUGCGCUCAGAUCGGCAUCUUUUCCAUCUAUCUCGCUGUAUUCAAUUACCUUGCAGACGUAUACCACCGGUAUGCUUCCUCGGCCUUGGCCGCGCAGUCUUUCUGCCGCAAUAUCCUUGGAGCUGUCUUUCCUCUUUUUUCUGAGGCUUUGUUUCGGAACCUGGGGUUCCCUGGCGCCAGCAGUCUUCUAGGUGGGAUCAGUACAAUAUUGACAGCGGUGCCGUUCGUACUCGUCCUCUUUGGUCCUCGAAUACGAGCUAGGAGUAAGUUUGCAAACGAGAUGAACAAAGGUUGA